CAACAUUCAAAGGACGCGAGUGCCACAUCGAAAUACUGUUCACUUAUCCACAACACUCCUUGGAUAAACAGUCUCUACCUCAUAACGAUUGACUUUGGAUCUAUCUUUCAGCCAGUUGACAUUCCAAGAUAUGCAUGAGAACGAUUCAUCACCGCUUCGGAGUCAAAGCUUUCUCGAUCGUGGACUCUCAGGGCAUCCUGGACUUGAUCCAAAAGGUGACAGGAGAACCGGGUCAAAGGACUUUCGAGACUAUCGUAGCGAUACCCAUGGAAGCGGUAUGAUCUCGCUGCCUACAAAGGACAGUAAUGGAUCACAGCCUUUGACAAGACUCUCACGAAACACAUUCUCCAAGGGUUUUGCCGAAUCAGUGAGUUCGAGAACAUCGAUGUCAGAACCACGGUUGAUACGAUCGGCGUUCCCAUCAAAAUCGACCAGGCCGCCACGACAGAGUACGAGAGAACUCACGUACAAUGCCAGUUAUCAACCGGAGCAAUUCGAUACGCCACUCCAUCGAUAUCGAAGGCUGGGUCAACUCUUGAAUGGAACCGGCCAUAUGGUAGCCGGUGGUAUGAACGAAGGAAUAUUUGUCAUUGAAAGAACGGACAACAAGCAGAAAUUCAUCGAGAAACGUCUACCCAUCGAUCGGAAAUCGCAAAGGCGACGGACUCGUGCUGAGAUCGAUGCGCUCACACGACUUCGGCACGCUGGGCCAUGCGAAAAUAUCAACAAGAUCCAUGAAAGCUUUUUUCCAGGGAUGACCAAUUACUCAUGCCUGAUUUUGUCCUUCUGCGAGCUCGGCUCCAUCACCGACUACAUCAGUCGGAAGAUCCUCCAGCAUUUGAAAACGCCGGAGUCAUUCGCUUGGCACGUCCUUGAAAGUGUCAUGUGCGCUCUUGUAUUCUGCCACUACGGCGUCGAUGUAGGGGCUUGGAAAGACCGCAAUGCCGAAUGGACGACUCUCUGUCACCUCGACGUUAAACCGGACAACAUCUGGCUCACAAUGCAAGGCAGCGCAGGAAGCAUGCCACGUGUCGUUCUCGGCGAUUUCGGCUGCUCUGUAUCCCCCGUUGACAUCGAUCGAGGGCUAGCGCACGCAUUGAUGCUUACGCAUGGAACACCACGUUGGCUACCACCCGAAGCGAAAACAAUGUCGAAUGAUGGUCGGGGCCGGUAUGGCAAAGCUACAGAUAUCUGGCAGGCGGGCGGCACCAUACAGACCAUGUGCCGUCUGACAAAGUCUCCUGAACCACAACAAGCUGCUGCGAGACGACCCUGUGGUAGCACACACUAUUCCCGCAAGCUGAACUCCAUUGUUGCUAGCUGUAUGGAGGAAGUCGUGAGCAAGAGACCCAGUGCUGUGGAUUGCUACAGAUGGAUUCAGGAUCAUAAGCCAGAGCUCUGAACUUGACACCCGAGUCCGAUAACAAUGCAUAACGAUAACAAGGCUUAGACGCCUUAGGCGGUGUGGAACAGUAUGGUGCAUACCUCACGAUGGAUGGGUAAGCGAACAGGAAUAUCUAUAAUUAGCUCAUGAUCUUGACGCAUUACAUGAUGCUCCAAGACUAAAUGAUAUCAGCGUGACGGCCGCAGCAGCAUGCGCCAAUCGAAC